AUGGAAAACACAACGCUUGAGGACCAAUUCGACCUCAUCUUUGAUAUCUUUACAAAGAUUUAUAAAGCAGAAACAACUUUUGAACACCAAGAUGAUUUGUCAGCCCAACUCCAGGCUCUUUCUCAGGCCAUAAGUGAUAUGAAACAGCCAGUUGGGGAAGCUGACAAGGAGGUUUUGGAGACAAAUAGUGACUUUGCAACCUUUUGAUUCCAAAUAGUGUGAAAAUUCCCACUAAAAGUUCCAACAUCUAUCUAUUUUUCACUCACAAAUAUCGGAAUUUCAAUUGCAAAAGCAUUAAAAGCUGAUCCACAUGAAUCAAGGAAAUUCGUGGAAGUGUCCUUGAGAAUGCUGCUGGAAAAUACCAGCAAAGACAUAGAGGACUAUAAACAGUUUACACAAUGGUUUAUGACCAUCAGUGACGAGAUUCAGCUAUUAUACUUACAAGAGGAGGAUAACCCAAUUUUGGAACUAUUCACACAAUUUUUGGAUCAAAUUUUCAACCAAUCUGAACAAAUUGGCAAAAACUUACUUGAAAAUGCUUCUCAUGAGGCCGGCUUACAAUAUGAAGAAAUAAAGCUUGAUAGCACCAGAUUGGCAACAAUCUCAAAAUACCUCUUUCAAGAUGUAGAAAGAAGUAUUGAAAGGACACUUCCAACAGUGUCAAACUGACUACUCAAGAUUCUGAGCUACCUAGCAGACCUCACACAGCAGAAAACUGACUGAAGAAUUAGCCUGUCAUCGUCAAUUCAAGUCUACCUAUGUGACCUCUUCGAGGCACUUCAGAAAGAGUACACUAAUGCAUACUUGGAUGAGGAUUUAGUGAAAAUAAUUUAUGAGGACAAAGAAUCUCAGUUGUUUCACUACCACGCAAACAUACUUGAAAUUUUUGAGACUCUGUCUCAGAUUUUCAACAAUAUUACAGCUGAAGGAGACAAAGUAGCUGAGGUUUGUCAAACUUUGUUUGACAACAAAGCUUGUGAGUUCUCCUUAGCUCUAGUAGUCCUUGUAGAUAAAUUAGUGAAGAUCCUCACAUCCCUCACAAUUGUGCCUAAGAAUGACGCUGUGGAGAUUAAUAAGAUGGAAGAUCCAAAGACGAAGAAGUCCAGUCACCCUGUGGCUGGACUUCAGACUAAAUGUGUUCGCUUAGUUGGCAAUCUGAUCUCCCAAUGCCCCUCAACUGUGGGCUAUUUUGAGGAAAAUCUGGAUCAGCUGGGUCUGAUGCUGAGUCAUACCAAAAUUGACUUCGUCAAUGUUGGAUUACGAGAACAAGCCAUGCUCUGAACAAAGUACUUGAUUGAUCAAUCAGAAAUAAUUCGUGAAAGCUUAGGCGCCAUGACAAAGCUCAGUACUGAUGAAGAAGGCAAGGAAUUGCUGAAGAAAGUAGGGCUCAGCGAAGAUUACUUCCUAAAUAAAUCCAAAGUGGACAUGGUGCAGUCUCCUUUUGAGAAGAAAGAGUAA